AUGGACCUAGAUGCCAUCCCAGAUUUCCUGUCCGAACAGCGAGACCAAGCUCCAGCGGAUGUACAGCAUUUCUAUCUCACAUUCGAGGAUUUAUGGGAGCGCAAGCUGUGGCAUGAGCUCACAAAUAGCCUCGUGGAUUUCUUCCGGUCACCAGAAAGCUCCUCGCAGCGAUUAGCAGUCUAUAACAAUUUCAUCCUCAGCUUCGCAGACAAAAUCAACCAGCUCAAGCUUGUCUGGUUAGGCUUGCAGGCUUCGACGCAGUAUGAUCAAGAUCGACUGAAGUUUCUCAGUACUCUCGCGAAAAAGGUCGACAAGCCAAAAUCGCAAGAUGCCUACGUUUAUGCAAUCACCGAAGUUGCCAGUGUCAAGCUCCGAUUAGACGACGCAGAGAGUGCCAGAAAAGAUUUGGAUCGCGCAGAGAAACUGCUCGACAAUUUCGAUUCCGUUGAGACCGUUGUACAUGCCUCCUUUUACCGCGUCAAUGCCGAUUAUUACCAAGCCAAAGCCGAGUUUGCCUCCUAUUACAAAAAUGCCCUGCUUUACCUAGCCUGUGUCGAAAUUGCAGAUAUGACACGCGAGGAGCAAGAGACACGAGCAUAUAAUCUGUCAAUAGCAGCUCUCGUAUCAGAUAGCAUCUACAAUUUCGGUGAAUUACUCCUCCACCCAAUCCUGAAUGCUCUCCAACCACCUCACCCGCACUCCUGGCUCAGAGACCUACUCUUCGCCUUCAACCGCGGCGAUCUUGCUGCAUUCGAUCGACUUUCCAACAAUCUCAACAAAGAUCCUCUUCUCGAAUCUUACAAAAUGUUCCUAUACCAAAAAAUCUCCCUUGCGGCAUUGACGGAGCUUGUCUUCCGAAGACCACCCCACGACCGAGCCAUGACCUUUCAAACGAUCAGUCAAGAAACAAAGGUCAAGCCUGAUGAGAUUGAGCAUCUGAUCAUGAAGGCGUUGAGCUUGGGUUUGUUACGGGGCAAGAUUGACCAAGUGGCUGAAGUCGCGAAGAUUAACUGGGUGCAGCCGAAAGUGCUGGAGCGGAGCCAGAUAGAAGGUAUGAGGGUGAGACUGAAGGAAUGGGAUAACAAUGUCAACGAGCUGGGUCAUUGGAUUGAGGGCGUUGGGAAGGAUGUAUGGGCAGCAUGA